CCAGGACCAACAGCCGCUCCUUCCUUCUUUCGCCAAGACUACGAACAAAGAUACGAGCGUCCAUAUCAGCCGGAGUCAGUUUUCCGCCCAAGGAUUCAAUUCCCAGAGUACCAAUCAGAGCAUCAGUACAGACCUGAGCCUCAAUCUAGACCUGAGCCUCGAUAUAGACCUGAGCCUCAAUAUAGACCUGAGCCUCAAUAUAGACAUGAGCCUCAAUAUAGACCUGAGCCUCAAUACAGACCUGCACCUGUAGGGAAACCUGAUUCCUUAAGAUAUUCCUUCAGUUCUCCACUGAGUCCAACGCCUCGACCUCAAUACAAUGAAAUUACCACACCAUCUCCUCGAAGAUUCUACCCACCAGGAAAAUUGGACUUUACAAGAACUGCCGAUGGCUUCGCCUACUCUUUCACCAAAAAUUAAUCGCACUGUCAUCCAGUCAAUCAAUCAAUCAAUCAAUUUGUGGUAAAUACUGUAAUUACAUCCAAUGAUUUAUGGAGCUGAGAAAUCCCAUAGUGAACAUACGAUUAAUGAAAUUGCAAUUAAACUCUUGAUCCGGCGAUUAGAUCACUGGCCUUCGAGGGUGUUUAACGAUUUGUUUAAAUAAAGGCAAGGCAUUUCUUGUUCACCUUGGCCUUAAAUUAAAUUCUUUGUAAUUUAUUCAUAAAUUCUCUAAUGUCGCAUGGUUAAAUAUGGGCGGAAGGGAAUAGUGCUAUCAUUACCAUAAUUAUUUGUAGUAUGUAGAAAUGGAAUUGAUUAAGAGCUCCACCCUGGAGUACAAUAAAUACUUCCUGAUGUGUCGUAUAUUUGCUGUUAGAAUUAAGAUGCACUUUUACUUUCAUCUCGCAACCUUUGAGGCUCACCUAAGUGACGUAAUCGUAGGACAUGAAACUAUUGCAUAUUCUCUACGGUUAUAUUUCCAAUCGAAAUAACUUGAUUUGUUGCUUCUGUUUUUUUCUCGAAUAGAAUACGUAAAUUAUGGUUAUCGUUGUACGAAGAAAUUAAGUGGAAUAAUUGAUUGAUUAGGAAGAAAUUAAAUUAUCAUUUUUGUCAUUCAAAAAUUGGCGAAUCGAAAAAAAAUU